AUGAUUUUUACAGUAGAUUUUAGAUGUCCGUCAUGGUUUUUGCUCUUUGCCAUUAAACGCUAUACGCUAUGGUUUUGUUUGUAUGCAUGAUGCAAAACUAACAACAGAGCAAAUUCCAUGUCAGCAAUAAAUAAAUAUAUUAAGCAAAACUAUAGCAUAACAAGGAUAUUAGUGAUGCAUGUACAAAACGUCAACAUUUAUGUAGCUAGGCUAUUUUGAAAAUUUAAAUAUGAUUCAUAUAUGUAAUACAUAUUCGUAGAAAGCUAUGCUGAAAUUGACAAACAGUUUUUACAGAUAUUUAGCGUUUACAUGUGAGAAGGUUAGCAAGGCACAUGUAAGGAGAUUUUCACAAUUGAAUUGUAAAAGGAAGACAUGUGGCACGGGUUGUACAGACGUACCGUUACUAGCACAAUUCCAUUUGAGUCUUCAGUUACGUCAACACAGCCACGGCAAGAAACGUUUGAAAAUUAAGAUACCACCUUUGAAUGCCAACGAAUGUAAGAGACACAAGCCAAUGAGUGAUCCUCUGCAACCUACCUUUACCCACGCCAGUUAUGGAGGACAGUUUGAAGUUAGUACAGAGCAUGAUCCGCUGGAGGAGUGGCGGCGGCAAACGGGUGAGGCGGCGUCUUCCGGCGAAGGUCGCACGCCUCGCCCUAUACCACAGGACUUUAGAGUAUGGGAACCUGUCGGAACUGGCUUCGAUCCAAGACAAGGUUCCGGAUUCAAGUUCAAAGUGCUGUCGUACAACUUGUUGGCGCAGUAUCUGCUAGAAUGCCACCCGUACUUGUACACCGAUUGUUCGUCGCACGACCUGAAAUGGAAAGUCAGGGCGUCGCGCCUAUACGACGAGAUUACCAGCUUAGCACCUGAUAUACUAUGUUUCCAAGAAGUACAAGCAACACACUUACAAAGCUUUUACUCCAAAUUUGAGGAGAUCGGCUACUACGGCAUAUUCAAACAGAAAACGGGCCAUCGACAAGACGGCUGUGCGAUCUACUUCAAGAAGUCUUUAUUUGAUCUUAAGGAACAUAUUAGUGUGGAAUUCUUCCAGCCAGAGUUGCCGAUAUUGAAUCGUGAUAACAUAGGUAUAAUGGUAAAGCUGACGCCGCGCGGUCUGCCAGGCUGUCCGAUGGUGGUGGCUACUACCCAUCUGUUGUACAACCCGAAGAGGACAGAUGUCAGGCUCGCACAGAUGCAAGUCUUCCUUGCCGAGAUCGAUCGCUUUGCUUAUUAUGAUAAUGGAAGAGAAUCUGGCCAUGUGCCAAUAAUACUGACCGGAGACUUCAACUCAACCCCCGACAGUGCUGUUAUUAAGCUAUUAGAUAGAGGCAAUGUCAGUGCAAGUCCAUUCCGGGACAGCUCCGACUGGCGGCGGAUAGGCGUGACGGACAAUUGCCAACACCUGUCAGUUAUACUGAACAGGCAGGAGGGACGUCAGACUGACUACACUAACAUAAAGAUAUUCAACUCUGAGUACUGCGUGGAUGGCCACAUCGCUUGCGGCCAGGCGGCGGCCAGCACGGACCAGUUCAGCGGCAUGUUCAACAGCGGCAUCAUCGGGCACUCGCUCAAUCUCGCCUCCGUCUACCAGACGUACAGAGACGGAGACUACACGGCCACUACCUUCCAAGACUACUGGGUCACCGUUGACUAUAUCUAUUUCAGUUACUGCAAUACGUUGCGGUUGGUAGAACGUCUUCGCUUGCCGUCCACCAAGGAGUGCGACGUGCUGGGUCGCCUCCCCAACCACGUGUACGGCUCCGACCACCUCGCGCUCGCCGCACUCUUCGAGCUCAACAUUUUCAAGUCCACCCUAUAAAUCAACAAGACGAUGACAUUCAAACCUAAACCUGGUACAAUGUUUAAUAAUAUCCAGUCCACGACCUCUAUUACACUACGCUGGUAUCUGUAGUUUAUUGAAGUUAAAAUUUUACUUACGUAACUUCACGAUAAGGUAAAAUUAAUACAUAAAUUGUUACAGGGAAUAGAUGUUAUUUCAAGCUUUCACACUAGCCCAGCUUAUAAUAGAGAUCGUCGAUUUUUUAUCAUUGUCACGUAAUAAUGUGCUUAUGCUAGCUCUUCGCCUUAGUUUGGUACGCCAUAUCGUUGGCGGUCAUUUAGAAUCAUCACCAUUAUAGUUAGAAACACCGAGUGGUAAUUAAAGGCCUCAUCCUGUUCAUUGUAUGCCAUUAUAUUAAAAAAAAGAUGUUUAACCUCAGUAACAUAAAGCUGAACAGUUUGUUUGGUAGAUAACUUUUGAGGGCUUGAAUAAAAAAUGCUUUUGCAUAAAUCGGAAAGAACGCAGGUGAAACCUCCGUUCAGCUAGCGUAAAUGUGACGUUCUGAUAAGAAAUUUUGAAGGUAUGACCGCAAAACAUUAAAAAUGUAACUAUAUUAUAUUUUGUUGAUUUGAUUUUUUUUAACUUACAUUUUACUUUUUUAUGUGUACAAAUACAUAUUAUUAUCACAAGUGUGAAAGUUUUUGUGUUACGCCAUCACUACAGUCACAAACAGAAAACAAAUUACGAGAGAUUGGACAGGGCUGAUUUUUGCAUUAAUAUAUAACGAAGUGGGCGAAGCCGCCAAAAAAGCUAGUAAUAUACAAAUACAAAAUGACUUAAUAACAUUUUUCUGAAUAUAUAAUAAUUCAUAAUAUUAAUAUAUAAUGUGUAAAGGUAGUGGCAUUGUAAUGGAUGUAAAAUUAAUGCGUAAAAAAAUUUGAACGAUCAUAUCUACCAUGCUUCGGUACUAGGACCUAAGAAACACCAAUUAUUGAUAUGCUCAGGAGAAUUCAUUUUUAAACAUUGAUAUUUUUUGAAGUCGAUUAUAACUAUAGGUGAAAGCAGACCUGGCCGCAAUUUGGCGUUACAGCGUUAGUUGGUGAACGAACUGAUAUAAACCUACAUAUUACUAUAAAGAAAUCGUAUGCGACAACUGCGACGCGACCCAAGCCUGCCUUCACCUUUAAUUAAAUAAUUUUUUAACUUAUUUUACUAUCUCAUAAACUUGUAAUAUAAUUAUCUUCCACUACCGCUAUAUAACUAUUAGACUUAAAUUUUAUCUACAUAUAAUAUACAUUUUUUAUGACUUUUAUAUUUAAUAUCUAAUCUAAACGUCUGCAUCAACAAACGACAUUUUACUAAGUGGUGUUCCGUUUGUCACUUACCACUUUUAACUGAUAGAGACAGAAUUACAAUUAAGACCGGUUAUUAACGUAGGAAUGAUGAAUACUACAAUACAGACAGCAACAAAAAGUUAAUAAAGGCAGAUUGCAAUAUAUAACUGGACGCCUAAAGCCCAUAAGACCAAUAUAAUACUAUAACUAAACUAACACCAAUUUUAAAAUGACACUUAAUUAAUCUGGCACUUUGUCAAUUGGGUUUGUUCAUAGACUUUUUGUUGCUGACUGUACCACUCGUAAGUUAUGUAUUCGAUUCAUGCAUAACGAAUAUUUUUUAAUCGUCGAAUACAUUCAAUAUGCAGUAAUAAUAAUAAUAUACAGUUCAAAAAGAACUUAAGUAGACAAGGUUGUAAUAUUCCUUCUUAAUUAUAAUAAUUAGUAACCAAAAAUAUUUAAUACUAAGACUAAGUACAUAAUAAGGUUUUGUAACGAAACGUUUUUCAAAAUUUAUGGUUUCGAAAUAUCCAAAUUAAAUUUGGUUGUAACUGUGAAACAUUUACCUAUUUAUGUUUAAGCUGUGCCUGUAUUUCAAAAUGAUGUUCGGACUUAGUUUGGGGAAAUAAAUCGUAUAAAUUUUAAA